GAUCUACGGCUCUAUGACUGUCGGCCAGUCGUCGGUCUUCACGUCGGACUACCGGAAGGCGAAGAUCGCGGCCGCAAACAUCUUCCGACUCCUCGACCGCAAGUCCAAAGAGAUUAUGGGAAGUGCGCAGAUGCCACAGGAGUGCAAAGGAGACGUCGUCUUCUCCGGCGUUCACUUCCAUUACCCAAACCGACCGGAAGCGCGAAUCCUCAACGGACUCUCGCUGAGCGUCGCGAGCGGACAGACCGUGGCUCUGGUCGGCGCUUCCGGUUGCGGAAAGUCCACUUCCGUCCAACUCCUCGAACGCUUCUACGACGCGUCGCGCGGACUCAUUGAAGUGGACGGUCGUGACGUCAUGGCUCUGGACAGACAUUGGUUGCGACGCCAGAUGGCGCUCGUGUCGCAGGAGCCGACGCUCUUCUCGGGAACCAUCGGCCAAAACAUCGCUUACGGCGAGAACGCGCGCGACGUGCCGUUCGACGAAGUGGUGCGCGCCUCGCAAUUGGCUAACAUUCACGACUUCGUCGAAUCACUGCCCGCCAAA